AAGUGGCAACACUUUUUGUAAUUAUGUCAUUGUCAAAAACUUCGCCUGUCUGUGGAUGGUGUCUCAAAGCUGGAUAAAUUUAAAUAAAAUUAACAAAAUAUAACAGUAUUUGAAAUUCCAUAACUAUUUAUAAUGUCACACAACAUUAAAAUCCUCCCUGGUGCUACAGUAUGCGAAGACUGCACUUUAGAAGGUGAUAUAACUAUUGGCGGAAGCACUGUGAUACAUCCGCGAGUUACCAUCAUUGCCGAGGGUGGCCCAAUUAUUAUUGCGGAAUAUUGUAUAAUUGAAGAAUAUUCUACCAUCAUACAUAAAAAGAGUGAUAAACAAGAAAAUCCUCCCAAACCAUUGUUCAUAGGAGCGCACAAUGUAUUUGAAGUGGGAUGUCGGCUGGAAUCUCCAUUUGGCCAUAUUGGAGAGAGCAAUGUGUUUGAGUGUAGAUCAUUUGUAGGAAUGGAUGUGAAGAUUGGCAGCGGUUGUGUUAUUGGUGCAGCAUGCAGCCUAACUGCACCUCAGACUCUAGCUGAUAAGACAAUCAUCUGGGGAUCAGAGCAUCAUAACAGGGAGGCCCUAGAGAAGCAACCAUCACAACUCCUACAAUUAGACUUUUUAAGUAAAGUGAUGCCUAACUACCACAGGCUUAGGAAACCAAAUGUGCAUAAACGCCAACCCUCAUCACGGCAAUCUCAAGAGUCUUCUCCAAAACUCUAAUAUGUAUUACAAAUAUAAAAAUAUUUUAUAACUUGCACUGCAUGGUAUGUGAAGUGAGAUAUUUAAAAAUUCAGCUUAAGGCGAUAUU